UAAAUACACAGUAAAAGGAAGAGCUUUAGUGUUUAUUCCUGUUAACGGGUCAGGUAAAAUGUCCAUUAAUUUUGGAACAAACCAGUUAAAAUUUUCGAUUCGACUUCAAAGUAACAGUUCGGACACCUGGGUAGACUCUUUGCAAUUGGCGUUUCAAGUGGGCAGCAUUAAGGCGUCCUUAGAAAACGGUCCGGCAGCACUCAGUGCAAUUCUCAACAGUUCCGGCGUCAGCAUAAUCCAAAGCAACCACGACGCCAUUGUACAGGUGGUCCGGAAUUUGAUCCUGCCUGUGAUGAACAAUUUCCUAGCUGGAAUGACGCCUGACCAGCUGUUCCAGACUAUAUCUGGAAAUAGUACCAUAUCGCCGAAUGUCGUACGCGUUUAAUGAGACUACAUUCUACUUUGUAUAAUAUUUAUUGAUUUAUAACUAAGUAGAAGUGACUUAAUUAUUAUUUAUAAAUAACUACUUAAGUAGAUUGUUAUUUUUUUACGAAUUUUUACAACGAAUCACGAGUGCAACGAGUAGGUACCUAACGAUAGUCGUUAUUAAGUAAGUGCAAACUAAUGUCGGAUAUGGCGCCUCCAAUUUCGGAAAUUCGUAUUUUGUGUGUAGAUUUUUUUAUUUCUUAAAUCUGCCGUCCCUUAUUAAAAUUUCCCUAGGCUCCAGCUUAUUCAGCCUGCUGGUAAAUCCGCCACUGGAGAAAGAGUUAACUAGUUUUAAUUGCUAAGUAAAAGUAAGUCUGUACUACUUUCUACAUCAAUUUGUUAAGUUUUAUUGAUUAACAAUGAAAACACCUUUUAAACAAAUAAGUUUUUAUUAAAUAAAAAUGUUAAUCACCUUUUUCACAAAAAAACUAGAUUAUUUGUUCUGUUCAUCUGUUCCUUCCAACUUUAUUUUAAAACAGCUCUCUUUUCCUGGUAUCUGGAAGAGAUCGCUUCCUAGCGAUCGGACCGCUUAAAUUGUGUAGCCUCGGGCUUAGUCACCGGCUCACCACGCAUUCAGUGUGGUGGACGCACACUAAGAAAAGUCGCCGAGCCUACGCAAGAAACCGUGACAUUUCUACACCCACACGAACUGUGUAAGUACAUUGAUCCGGCGCUGACCAAGAAAUAAUUUCUUGUCUGCGCUAGAUACGACACGCGGUGGACGCCCGUGAUACGCAGUGGACGUUUUAACGUUGGUUGUUAGCUAAAUGAAUAUUUAUUUAAUCAUCCAAGUCAAAUAAUAUGAC